AUGGCGCAACGGGGACGAAGCUAUAUCGCCGAGACAACAUUCUGGGAGUACUCAGAAGCUCAGCCAAAGCUGCUGGAGUCUAUCCGAACGCUGUGCUGGAAGCGUCUGACGGAUGACACGCGACUUAACUUUUAUCGAGAUGUGUAUGAACAUGCUAAAGAGCGCUUUGCGAAGGAGGAGGCGCGUGCUCGCUUUGAGCGAGCGCUGGGUAUUUGGCGCACGCGCGAGCCUCGACAGCGACUUGCGAGAUGGAAGAUCUUUGUGGCGUACCGGAAGCUCAUCCGAAGAGGCGACACGCAUUUCAGGUCAUGCUCGGCAAGGAAGCUAGUAAGGGGGUUCAGACAGAACCUCAAGCGGCGACAAGAAAUGCGGAAGCUGGUACUGGCGGCCAGUAAAUAUCGCAGUUUUGCGCUGCUGCGCUCAGCUUACCAGCCGUGGGCUCUGUUUUGGCGAUCCAUGCAACUGAUGUAG